AUGCCGCAAACAAACAGUCUGCUGCAACACGCCUGCUGCAACAGCAGUCUGCAUGCAACACCGUCUGCUGCACACAACUCGUCUGCUGCCCCCGACAACACGUCUGCAAACAACACAUCUGCUCGCGACAACCCGCAAAAAAACAACCAGUCUGCUGCAACAACACAUCUGCUGCCACAAACGCCAGCUACUGCAACAACACGGUCUGCAAAAAAACACGUCUGUAAAAACCACGUCUGUAACAACACGUCUGCUGCGACAAACGCCUGCUGCAACCAACGCGACUGCUGCUGCAAACAAGCGCCUGCAGCAAAAAACGCUGCCUGCAGCGAACACUGUCUGCUGCAACAACACAUCUGCGGCAAUACAACACGCCUGCUGCAACAACUCGUCUCAACAACACGUCUGCUUCACCAAACGUCUGCUGCCGACACCUCGCCUGCCAGCCACAACAGCCUGCCUGCAACAACCACGCCUGCUGCGACAACACGUCUGCUGCAACAACACGCUGCUGCAAACAAACACGUCUACACCAACAGGUCUGUAACAAAAGUCUGUAACAAAACGUCUGCUAGCGACAACAACGCUGCUGCCCAAACACGCCUGCUUCGACAAACGCCUGCUGCAAACAUCAACGUCUGCGCAACAACACCGCCUGCUGCAACAACACGUCUGAACAACACGUCUGCUGCAAUAACCCGCGUCUGCCAACAACACGUUUGCUGCGACCAAUACGUCUGCUGUAACAACACGCUUGCCUGCAACAACACGUCUGCCAAACAACACGUCUGCUGCCAACAACACGUUGCUGCUAAAAGACGACUGCUGCAAAAACACGUCUGCUGCGACAACACGCCUGCUGCCGACAACACGGCUGCUGCAACAACGCGCCUGUGCAGCGCACAACAAACACCGUGCUGA